AAUUGACAAUAAUCUUCCUAAAAGUCUUGUUUAUAAAAGAUUAAUGAUCUCUCAUAACUUGGUUGAAAUUUAAAUAUUGAUUUACUAAAUAUCUAGUAAGUUGAGUCACCAUAUACUAAUUUUGAAAGAGCAUGUGCAACGUCCGACUCGACAUGUUGACCUUGCAAGAAAGGACGUUGCGUAGAGGUUUGUUCUUAACGAUUUCGCGUGAGGAAAUCCUCAAAAUUAUGUACCAAAUGUUGUAACAUGAAACUGUCGGAUCGAAGGCACCGUCGACGGGAAGGGGCAAUCACUUUCUCUUCGUCGGCAUAAGCGACGGUCUCGUGGUAAUCCGAGGAACAUUCUGCAACAAGUUUUUACCAAAGCAGCAACCAACCGCCGGUCCGUCGACUGUGCAUUUUUGACCAAAGUGGAGCACCAAGGUCGCACACGGAUCCACUACAUAAUGCAGUUGUCACGGACGUUCUUGCUUUUUGGUUGCUGCUUUCUGACAUCGACACUUGUGACAGUGACCGGGCAACACGAGCCAAUCUUCGAUCUUCCGGUGCAGUUAAUCGGUUUUCCGGUGAUUAUAGCAGCCGUAAGAAUCACCAACUUCCUCAAGAAGCUCGCUUAUGCUUUGAAUCCAGAUACUUAUGUCAGUCGAGUGAAGCGAGCACAUCCUUUGAUAUAUGACGAGGAGAUCUUAGAUGUCGGCCAAGUCGAAAAGAAGCUAGUAGCUGAGCUUGGAAAUAACGUUUGCAUCUAUGAAAGAACUUGUGUCAAGUAUGCGAAACAAACUCUUGAAAGAAGAAGUUGGGAACGCGUUUUUAAUUGGAACGAGAUAUUCAGGCUCCGUUUUACGAUUGCUCUACUAUCCGGACCAGUAGGUUUGAAGCUUAUCUCGGACCUCCUAAUGCCUCACGGUUCGAGAUAGCGAGCACGUGUCGCCGUGCCUGUCAACGUACGAUGCCUCUCUCUCCAGACACGCAUUUCGUACCUUGGGUUUCCUCCUCGUCACCUGCGUCACGCAGGAGGGAAUAUUCAAGACGGGAGACUGAGAGAUUAACAGGAGCACAGGGGAUAGCAGGUAAAUUGGAGAUUGGGUACUGGCGGCACUAUCGUCUAGACGGACUUAACCGACUAUGAGGGACGAGGCCGUUCUUGGGACCGUCUUCUUCGACUAGGGGAAAGCGACGAUAGAAGGAUUGUAAGCGAAGUGGCGUCAUUAGAAAUUAGGAAUCCAUUUAGGCGAGACAACGAUGUCACAUAGAUGACGAUAUCGACAUUACUUGUUUUGUAGACGACACGAUACGACGCAGUCGUGUGAACAAACACAUAUGCAUACUUAAGCGCGGAAAUAUUGUGUUUCUUAACUUGUAUUUCUUAUAUCUGUUUUUCUCUCUUAUUUCUUUCUUCGCUUUUUCCUCUUUUAUUCUCGUCUCUCUUCUAAUACGCAUUUGCAUUCUCGUCUUUCCACUAAUGCGCAUGGUGCAACGAGAUUACUAGUAAUUUGCGUUAUCAUGAUU